UCUUCUUCCCUCCGAAGAUGAUGAGGACACUGCUCAUUUCCUUGGUCAGCUGCCUCUUUGCCAUAAAUGAGGCCAGGCUCAUCAAUCGCUGUGACUUGGCCAGCGUGCUGCGCAAGGAGGACUUGGAUGGCUUUGAGGGCUAUUCGCUGAGUGACUGGCUGUGCCUGGCUUUUGUGGAAAGCAGCUUCAACCUAUCAAAGGUGAAUGAAAAUGCAGACGGUAGCUUCGACUAUGGCAUCUUUCAGAUCAACAGCCACUAUUGGUGCAAUGACUACCAGAGUCACUCGGAAAACAUUUGCCAUGAGGACUGUAAAGAACUGCUGAGCCCCAAUCUUCUCUCAACCAUUAACUGCGUGAAAAAGAUUGUGUCUGGAGCAGGAGGGAUGAAGAACUGGGCGGCAUGGAGGUUGCACUGUGCGGGCCGGCCACUCUCCUACUGGAUGACAGGAUGUUAUAAGGGAUGAGACGGGUGUGGAGUCAGUCCAGUGUUCCUCACUUCUCACUUGGGAAUUCUUCAUUUCUUCUUCCUCUUGCCUCCACUUCGCGUUAUUUUCUUUCCUUCCCAUUUUAAAAAAGAACUGACCGGAGCCCCAGGAAUACAUGGUUUCCUAGGGCUUCCUCCUUGUAGCCACCCAGGCCCAGGCCUCUGGUUCCUGACUGCCAUUUGCAAACCAAGAGAGGACCACAGUGAAGAAGUUUUUAUAGU